GUGUUUAUUUUCAACACGCUUCGUUAAUCCAUUACUGACAUUAACGUUGCAUUGUCUGACCUUCAGAAAUACAUACAUGAUCAAUAGCUUGCUAGUUUUUUAGUCUGAUAGAGUAGUAAAACCCUGUUAGUUAUUUAAAUAGGAAACAUUUUUAAAUCGUGUUAUGGGAGGUAGAGGAGCUCAAGACAGACUGACCGAACAUAAAGGCAGUUUAAAAUGCUGCGGCACGUUCACAGAUUUCACUAAACAUUAAACUCAGGUCGUGUCUAAGUUGAAAUCAUGCCUGGGAAACUAAAGGCAAAGAUUGUGGCGGGUCGGCAUCUGCCCGUCAUGGAUCGUGCAAGCGACCUCACUGAUGCUUUUGUGGAGGUGAAGUUUGGAAAUACAACUUUUAAAACCGAUGUAUGUCACAAGUCACUGAAUCCUCAGUGGAAUUCAGAGUGGUUUAAGUUUGAGGUAGAUGAUGAGGAUUUGCAGGACGAGCCAUUACAGAUAACUGUUCUGGAUCAUGACACAUACAGUGCUAAUGAUGCAAUAGGAAAGGUGUACAUUGACAUUGACCCGCUGCUCUGCAGUGAAGCUGCUACUGUCAUCUCUGGCUGGUUCCCCAUCUACGACACCAUACAUGGUAUACGUGGUGAGAUCAACGUUCUAGUUAAAGUGGACCUCUUUAAUGAUCUGAAUCGAUUCAGGCAGUCUUCUUGUGGAGUCAAGUUCUUCUGUACCACAUCCAUACCACGAUGUUACCGUGCAGUGAUGGUCCAUGGUUUUGUGGAGGAACUGGUGGUCAACGAGGAUCCAGAGUAUCAAUGGAUUGACCGCAUCCGAACUCCACGAGCGUCCAACGAGGCCCGGCAAAGACUCAUCUCACUUAUGUCGGGUGAACUCCAGAGGAAGAUUGGUCUGAAGGUGCUCGAGAUGGGCGGCAAUGCGGUGGUUGGCUACCUGCAGUGCUUUGACCUGGAAGGAGAAUCUGGCCUUGUUGUCCGUGCCAUUGGCACUGCCUGCACACUUGACAAAAUCAGCAACACGCACGGACUCACAGCGAACGCUUGCAACUCCUCUCCGUCCAGAGAUAUAAAAGAGACUGGUUUCGGGGAGGAGGCCCCUGGCGUCCCAAUGUGUUCAGGACCUCCUACCCCUCUGAGAGCCCAAACCUUCACGUCCUUCUCCCCCUCCAAGUCGUUCAGCCGCCAGUCCUCCUCCUCCGACACAGAGCUGAGCCUCACUCCCAAAACCGGUAUGGGCAGUGGGGGCAGUGCUGGGAAGGAGGUGGGGCCUCUUAAAGCCCUUUUGAGACAGCAGACACAAACAGCAUUAGAGCAGAGGGAGUUUCCCUUUUUUACCCUGACCAGUUUCCCACCUGGCUUUUUGCUUCAUGUGGGUGGAGUAGUGAGUGCACGGUCUGUCAAGCUACUGGAUCGGAUACACAAUCCCGAUGAGCCGGAGACGAGAGAUGCUUGGUGGGAGGAGAUCCGUCAAGAGAUUAAAUCUCACGCUAAAGCUCUGGGUUGCCAUGCAGUUGUGGGCUACAGCGAAUCCACCAGCAUCUGUGAGGAAGUGUGUAUCCUGUCAGCGUCAGGCACUGCAGCAAUCCUCAGCUCCCGCUUCAUGCAGGAUGGCGCGCUGGACACGGAUCACAGGUUGUCACGGCAUCACGUUCCUGUCUUUACCGCAGGGCCAGAGAAGGGCGAGGGUGAGAUGGGUAGUUCAGCAUCAUUAGGGUUUGAAGACCUGGUUCCUCCUGCAUGUGGGUUUUGUCACAUCCCAUACGACGAGUUAAACAUGCCAUUUCCCGCUCAGCUCACUUACUGCCACUGCUGUCGCCGCAAUAAAGUCCCUGAUGUGCUCUUUACCACUAUAGAUGUGCCAUCUGAAGCUCAUGUCACGGGCAAGGGCUGCCUCAUACAGGCCAGGCUGUGUCGGACUAAAAAGAAGGCUCAGGGGGAGGGCAAUGCCACAGCCAUCAGUAACAUGCUGCCCUUUUUAGAGUACGAGCUGCACACCCAGCUGAUGAACAAGCUGAAGCUGCGCAGCAUGAAUGCUCUGUUUGGUCUGCGCAUUCAGAUCAGUGUGGGGGAGAACAUGCUGCUGGGUCUGGCUUCAGCAACAGGUGUGUAUCUGACAGCUUUACCGAGUCCAGGAGGGAUCCAUAUUGCAGGAAAGACCCCAAGUGACAUCUCAUACGAACAACACAUUCUAAACAUGCAGAAGAAAAUUAACGACACCAUUGCCAAAAACAAAGAACUCUAUGAGAUAAACCCCCCUGAACUGGUUGAGGAGGUCAUUGGCUCGCCCAUCCCAGAGCCUCGGCAGCGGUCUCGCCUCUUCCGCUCCCACUCGGAAAGCUCAGACGAAGUGUCAGAGUUGGACCUGUCUCAUGGGAAGAAGGAUGCUUUUGUUCUAGAGAUUGACGACACAGAUACUUUUGAAGACAUUCAUUCUCUUCUUACUGAUGCACCAACACCUUCAGGCUUCUACAGCUGCAAUACUGAAAUCAUGCCAGGGAUUCAAAACUGGACUUCAGGUUUACAGAUGUUCACCUCUGUGAGGGUCUUUCGCCUCAGCAAUAUAAAUCAAACCAACCAAGGCUUGAAUAAGAUCUUCAACGAACUCUGUGAGAACCUGCUUAAGAGUCUGUAUUUUAAACUACGCUCCAUGGUACCCUGCUGCCUCUGCCAUGUAAACUUCACUGUUGCAGUUCCUGAGGAUGAACUCAUACAGGUGGCAGUGACAGCAGUGGCCAUGACUUUUGAUAAUGAUCAGGUGCUGGAGAACGGCAAACAUAGUGGGGACAAAACACUUACCAAAGCAGUUACGGAAAAUGAAGAGCAGCUUCAGUUCCCUCUAGAGCUUACCGCUGAUUCCUCCUCCAACCCUCUCUCCUUUUGCAAAGGUUUGUCUGAUGUUUCAGGUCCUCUACCGAGUGCUCGAGCUCCCUCAGUUGAUUACAGUUCCUUCACAGACAGAUGCAGCUCCUGGAUAGAGCACAUUAGAAUGAAAGCUCACACCAUUAGACGUGGAUCAGUUAAAACAAUGUCAUCUAUGGAGAAAGCCAGUCCGUUGACAGAAGGACGAUCUCGUUUGAGGUCGACCCGUUCCUAUCCAGGUGGGUCUGUGCCUGUGGUCAAGAUGACCCCACUCUCUUUUAUUCCUGGAACAAAAAUAAUCAAGUACCUCGGCAUCAUCAACAUGUUCUUCAUCAGAGAGACCACGUCACUGCGAGAGGAGGGUGGUGUGAGCGGGUUCCUGCAUUCAUUCAUAGCUGAGGUGUUUGCAAUGGUACGAGCCCACGUAGCUGCUCUCGGUGGAAAUGCUGUCGUCUCCUACAGCAUGAAGGAGUGUGUGUUUAUGGAGAAUCCCAACAAGAAUCAGGCUCAGUGCCUUAUCAACGUAAGCGGAGAUGCUGUGAUUUUUGUUCGGGAGUCUGAACUCGAAGCAACGCCUCUGUCACAGCCACAAUCAGCAAACACACAAACUCCCAUCAGCACAGAGGCAACGUGAAGACAUGCAAGACUUAGCUAGAAACAUAGGCAUACACUCCAAGCAUAAAUGAUUUAUUUAUUGCCGUACUGCAGUACCAAGCCAGCAAGCAGCCUUCCAAAGAUGAAAAGUAAGCUUGACCACAGAGCAUGCGGUCAUUUUUUUAGCUACAUUAAUUGACAGUGUGUACGCAGCAUGCUGUUUAAAAAUUGUCACUCCUUUCUGUUGAUCAGUGACAGUAUGGGUUGAAAGUCUCUCUGAAAGCAAAGUAGCCAUAUUUAACUGACAUUCCAGUCAUUCACAUAAAGGCUGAGGCAGCUAUGAGAUCCAAUUUUCAUGUUUUGUGAGUCUGUCAUUAUCUGUAAUGUCAGUUCUGACCUUUAUGUUGAUUUUUUUCACCAAAGAAUAACAGCGGAUACUCACAUGCUUGUGCCUGCGUCCAUUUCAGUGUGCCGGACACAAAAUCCUGCCAUCUUGUGUACUAAUGUACUACUGAUCAAGUUUUAUUUCUGUUUUGUUCAUGUUUUCUGUAAAUAAUCUAGUGAUUCAGGUUUCAUAUCCGUGCAUGUGUAAUGCCAGCUAUUUUUUUAGUACUUUGACAUCUGGAUGGAUGGAUGCCAAAAGCAAACUGCACAGAAAGACUUGAAUGUACAGAUUGAGGAAACAGUCGCUGAUUUUAUUUAACUGACAAGCUACAGUGUAUAUCUGUCUGCCUGCCUGACUGAGGACAAAUCAAAUGUUGCACAAUAAUUAAAGUGUCUGUUUUAACUGGA